UUCUCGAUCAUUAUCAGAAUUGGCCAAAAUACCAUGCCAUAAGACCAUAAACCAUAAAAUAUAUUGAAGAAACAAAAUGUCAAAAACCGUCAUUUCGUUUCGUUUGUUGUCAAAUUUCGUUUUGCUGUGCUGCUGAGGUUGAGGGGCCGCUAUGUUGUAUGCCUGUCUCUUUAAAUUAUAACUAAAUAAUUAUUUAGUUAUAAUUGGUGCCGUGUAAUUUCAAAAUGUAUUGUUGAAUAAUAUGUGGAAGAUUUAAUAUUGAGCUCCAGCAAAUCUGUGUAAACUGUCAAAAUGGGUUUGGAUUUUGAUGUUUUGGAAUUUUGCAAAAAACUUAGGCAAAACCGGCCUCCACCGUACAAAUGUCCUCUGGAAAAGUGUGAUAAAGUAUACAAGAGUUUGUGCGGUUUGCAAUAUCAUCUGUUAAAUUAUGACCACGACAAUCCUACACCAGCUACGCCUGCGGUGGCCAAUAACCGAAAAAAGGGUGGCAGAACUCGAGCGCCGGUAUCCACUGGAGACAUAGCACUCCAGAGCCCUCCUAAAGAAGCUCUUACUUUUGCCGAGGCUCAGAAAGUCGUGCAGUUUGAGAUAGAUGGCAAGAUCAGCCGCAUUCCAAUUGAUCAACCCUUGCCUGUUAUGUCUUUAGACGAAUGGGAGAAGAAGAAUGCGGAACUUGAAAAGCCGAUUCCAUUUGUGGAACCUAUUCCUGAGCCCCAUGUAAAACUGCCUGAAGCCAGCUUCAAACUUAUACCAGACUACAACGAGCGUGUAUGUGAUGCGCCAGCCCGGCCUAAUGCCUACAUUCGCUUCAUUGAGAAAUCUGCAGAAGAACUUGAUGGAGAGGUGGAGUAUGACGUGGACGAGGAAGACACAGCGUGGCUGGCCAUCAUCAACAAGCAGCGGGUGAAGCAGGGCUUGCCCGUCAUCUCUGUCGACACACUGGAGCUGCUUAUGGAUAGAUUGGAAAAGGAGUCUUAUUUCCAGGCAUCACAAACAGGCCAACAGACCGCAGCUACAGUGGAUGAAGAUGCUGUGUGCUGCAUCUGCAUGGAUGGAGAGUGUCAGAACACCAAUGUCAUUCUGUUUUGCGACAUGUGCAACUUGGCGGUGCACCAGGACUGCUAUGGGGUGCCAUACAUCCCAGAAGGUCAAUGGCUGUGUCGACGAUGUCUCCAGUCACCAUCCCGACUUGUCAACUGUGUUCUUUGUCCCAACACUGGUGGAGCAUUUAAGCAAACGGAUCAAGGCACAUGGGCGCACGUAGUUUGCGCGCUGUGGAUCCCAGAAGUGCGAUUUGCGAACACAGUGUUCUUGGAGCCUAUUGAUUCGAUCGAGAUGAUCCCAGCGGCCCGCUGGAAGCUGCAGUGCAUGGUGUGCAAGCAGCGCGGCGCGGGCGCUUGCAUCCAGUGCCACAAGACCAGCUGCUACAGCGCCUUCCACGUCACCUGCGCGCAGCAAGCCGGGCUGUACAUGAAGAUGGAGGCCGCGGGCUCGGGCCGCGACCCGAGCCAGCCCGUGCAGGUGGCCAAGAUGGCCUACUGCGACGCCCACACGCCGCCGCACAUACUGCAGGAACGAAAAGCACAAGACUCCGAAGGUGAUUCCAAGACGGCAGAUCUAACAGCAAUUAGACAAAAAGGCAGAGAGAAAAUAAUACAGGCGCGACGGGUUCUAGCAAUGAAGCGCACGUGGUCGCCUGUAGUGUUAGUGCCAACAUUGCCAGCGGAACGGGUGUCCGAUGUGGCUAGAUUAGCGCCAGGGCCGCCAACCGCUCGCGCGCAAUUCAUGAAGAGAUUAUUACCGUAUUGGACAUUGAAGAGACACAGUAGGAAUGGAGUCCCGCUGCUGAGGAGGCUGCAGAGCUUGACCAGCCAUCACGGGACUAGAGGCAUCCAAGAUGGCACGGUUAAUGUUCGUGAGCUGUGUAACCAACUGAAGUACUGGCAGCGGAUACGGCAGGACUUGGAAAGGGCCAGAUUGCUCUGCGAAUUGGUCCGCAAGCGCGAGCGCCUGAAGGCGGAGUACACGCGCGUGUGGGAGCGCUGCGUGCUGCACUCGCUGCGGCCGGAGCACGCGGCGCUGCAGCAGCUGCUGCGUUCGCUGCGCGCGCGCGACCUCUGCGACAUCUUCACGCUGCCCGUCGACCUGCUGCAGGUGCCCGAUUAUACCACCGUAGUGAAACACCCGAUGGACCUGAGCACUAUGGGCAAGAAGCUCGACCGCGGCGCGUACAAAACCAUAGACGACGUAGAGGCCGACUUCCAGCUCAUGAUCGACAACUGUCUCACUUACAACGACAAGGACACCGUGUUUUAUAAGGCGGGGAUAAAAAUGCGUGCGCAGUGCGAGGCGAUAUUCCGUCAGGCGCGGCGCGAGGUGCGCGAGGCGGGGCUGGCGUCGCUGGCGGGCCGCUGCAGCAGCGACAGCGACCGCACCGCCGAUGCUCAUAGCGAGCGAGGCGUUUCCGUUGCGCGCAGCGAGAGAAGGGGCGCUAGUGAGCACGAUUCUGAAGAUGACAAUAAGUCGCGCGACGAAUCCCCGUCGAGUGUGGCGACAAGCAAGGUGAACCGCAGCUGGUGGCGCGGGCGAGGUCGCGGGCGCGGCCGGCGAGGCAGACGAGGCCGAGGCCGAGUCGCGGUCUCUCAGACGAGGAGGCAGGAUGAAACGGCAACUUCUGGUUCGGAGACGGCGGCGCCGGCGCCGCGGCGCAGCCACACGCUGCGCACGCCGGAGCGCAAGCCCUCGCUCCUGGCCUCGCCGUCUGCGCUGCCGGCGCCCAAGAGCUUCGGCUCGGACGCAUCUUUGCCAACACUAUCAGCGAGUCUAGGUCUGAGUCCUCUAGAAUCGUCGCCGAAGAAGAAAGGCAGAGGGCGGCCGAGGAAACACGACAAGGACAAGUCUGCUUCUUCACCAGAUCUCUUCAGAAAUGUGGGGUCGGGCAAGUCCAUAUCGACGCCCGUGCCGGCGUCGUUCCUGCAGUACCGCGGGCCGCCGGGCGAAGUGGGCUCCGACAGCGACGCCCUCUCCAGGUCCUCCAGCAGCAGCUCAGCCUGGUCUCAGUCCUGCUCCUCGUGCACUCACUACGACGACGACAACGACAACGCGUCAGACCAUUCGUGUUCGCUCACCACCUCUGACGGGUCGAGUUACAACGAAACGCUGGACUCCACGGUGUCGGGCGGCAGCACCGACCGCCGCCGCACCAGGAGACACGACCUUGACAACGAUACGCAUAAGGCCCGCGGCACUCGGUCGCGUGGCGCGCCGCCCCCUCCGGAGCUGCAGUUGCAGCCGCUGCAGCUGGUCUGGGCCAAGUGCAGAGGUUACCCGUGGUACCCGGCCCUGAUAAUCGACCCGAAAAUACCAAAAGGCUUCGUCUACAACGGCGUGCCCUUACCCGUCCCGCCGCAAGACGUCCUAAACCUCAAGAAAAACCACGCGCACGAGCCAGUCCUCUACCUAGUUCUGUUCUUCGACGUGAAAAGGACAUGGCAAUGGCUGCCACCAAACAAACUGGAGCUUCUAGGCAUAGACAAGAGCGUCGAUCAAGCGAAACUCGUCGAGUCACGAAAGCCCACAGAUAGAAAGGCCGUGAAGAAAGCUUAUGGUGACGCCAUGCAGUUCAGAAAGCAGGUGGACGGAGAUGAUAAAUGACAAAGGUUUCACUACAGGUCCCGAAGACCUCCUAGGAAUAGAGCGUUUAGUUUUGGCAAUUUCUCCAUGAUGCGUAUCAGGACACCCGAAGACACUACCGAUUCUAGUGACUAGAUAUAUGUGUUGAUUUUUGAGGGUCUCUUACCUUAUAAAAUCGCCUGUGUUUGUCUGUACCACCUCCAUUUUUAUUUAUUUCUUAGUUACAUGUGUGACAAAUAAGUGGAUUGUUUAUCAAUUUGUCAAUAUAAUUUAUGACUAUAACAGCUAUAAGUUUGCUCUUUCAAGUUAGAAAGAAGGGAGGAAAAUUAAUACAAAAAAUUGGGAUUCUGUCUAACUACCGCAAAGGGUUUUUGAGCGAGAUUUAACUGUGGAUAAGUGAGUCGGAUCUGAAGUAUAUCAAGUAUGUAAAAAGUAAUCACUAGAUAAUAACAAAUCAAUUACAUCACAAUUGUGGAAUUAGGAAAGUAGGGUAGCUGAUAAUAGAGAUAUAAUGAAGUCAAGGCAAUGGCAACAUAAAUAAUAAAUGUAUAAAUACAUUAAGAAAAAUUGGAAAUUAGAAUACAUAUAAAUUCAUUGGUAAUCAUGUCAAAUUUAAAUCCUGUGUAAUUAAAAGAAUGUAGCUUUCUCUGUAAUCCUGUUCAUACCUAGAAAAUGUAAAGGAAAUAAAUGUAUGUGAUUGUGGAUUUGGAUAGGAAUUGUAUAUUGAAUAAGUAGUUAUGUUCGCAUUUUGGUUAGUUUGUGGGCGUCUGCUGCGUUGAGCGGCAUCACGCCUAUAUUCUGCCCUUCACGGUCGCAUAUCGUAGAAAGAGGAAACGAUCCGUCGCAUGUUUACACGCGAGAUAUAUAAAAGAGACGAAUAAAAACGAUUCAGCAGACCCUCGUAUGUCGUUGUCUUCAAUUUGUAAAGAAGUAUUGUGGCUAUAGGCUAGGGUAGUUGGUUAAAAACUUUAGGCCACAAGGAAAAUAAAAAUCUCCUUAUUGUUUUUUUAUUUCUAAUUAUGGUUGGUUGGUAUACAAGCUGUUUUUGAUAAAUAAAAUGAAUUAUUGAA